AUGAAACUCAUUGCUUCGAUCAUCGCCCUCGCCGCCGCGAACUACAACUCACACACUCUUCCCCAAGACGUUUCCGAAUUGACCUGGGCUGAUGAGGCCAACAGAGAGCUUUUCGAAGCUCGAGAAGCGCACAAGGAAUACGUCAGAUACCAGGCUCCAGAUGAUGAAUACGUUCCAAUUGAAGAUCUUCCUAUUGUCUUCUUGAACGGAAUCAAGUUCCGACGACAGGGAAAAGAGCCCAAGCCCGAUUCUUUGGAGCGAUUCAGAAAGGUGACCCGAUCUGACAACGGUCACCUGACAUGCAUGGACGCCGACAAAAUCCACAAAAAGCACAAGGGCGGAAACUCUCACCAAGAAGAAGAGCCCGCUCCCGGCAUGCAAAUGGACGUCGGUUUGGAUGUCGAGCCGCUCCAGGAAAUCAUCUACCCGCGAUACAAUGGGCCCGACGCUCCCUUCCCAGAUGCUCACAUGGGAAUCUUUUCUGAAGAAGUCGAGGAAGAGGAAGAGCAAGAAGUUACUCCACGACGAAAUCCAAUCUCGGAAUUCAAUCUGUCUUCUGUUGAUCCAGUCAGUGGGGGUGUUGUUUCGACGGAAUUUGAAGAGCCAGAAGAAGAUGAAGCCACAAUGGUCCAACUCGUCGGAGAAAUCCCAGAAGAACAACUCGUUCCCGCCAACUACGAAGAAGAAAGCUUGAGCCGAGAGGAGAUCCGCCUCAUCCGCCUCCGAAAGAAGUUUUUCGAGAUGAAAAACGUCAAGAUCGGCUGCUGCAACGGACAGGCUUACAAUUCGCAGAAGCGAUGCUGCUGCCGACGAGUUUCGUUUGAUAUGGACAAGAAAUUCUGCUGCGCCAUCAACGGUUGCGAAAGCUUCAAGAUCAUGAACAGAGGCAGCAUUCAGGACUACAACGAUUGUCUUUCUCUUGAUGGUCUCGUCGUGCAGGAAUACGGUUACCAAGGUCAACGAGGACAGCCCAAGAUCUUCGGAAACGACCGAAGCCGAAAUUAA